UGGCACAAAUUAUAAUUAUAAAUUUAUUGUCAUUAUUGAAAUUAAAAUUAUUAUUCUAAAUUCUAACCAUGCCCGAUACAGCUAAAGAAAUUGAAAAAUUAGACAAUGAAUUUAACGAAUUACUGCGGAAACUUGAAGGCUUUAUGUUCGUCUAUAAUUAUCGUGAAAAAUAUCUUAUAACGGAAUGGUUAACAAAAUUGAAUAAUUCAAAAUCAUCAUUAGACGAAAGAAAAUUAAGAAAUCGUUUUAUGAAACAUUUUGUUAGCAAUCAAGAGGCGGCUAUUAAUGUAUUUCGUACGGAUCCAUUUAAUAAAAUACCAAAAGAUUUUAGUGGCCCAUUGAAGGAUUUGAAAAAAUUAUUGCCCAAAGACCCAGAUGAAGCUCUAAAUCCCACAGAAGAUGAAAAACGUUCAUAUAUAACGGAUUUAUUUGAUAAUUUAAUUGAUAAAGGUGCAUUUCUAGCUCAACAGCCGGUACCAAGAAGCGGUACAUUCUUUAUACUUAUUCUAAGAGCGGAUGAAGAUGACACAAGUUGUCCGACAAUUUAGAAAAAUUGCUAAUAUGUGUAAAAGUGCAAAAUAUAAAAAUAAUAAUAUUCAGAAAAUAAUAGAAUUUCAAAUUGGCAAACAUGAUUUUAUUUUCGGUUUAAAAUUAAAAUUUGUCGUUACAAAAUCUUAUGAAAAGAAAAAUUUUCCAUUAUUUUA